GUGUUCAGUCGGCAUCGGGCCACUCUACAUCGCGGGUCUUUUCUGCCCAUUUAGAACUUCGAGGCAACCCAACCAACCAUCAGCUGCUACAAAACUUUUCAGCUGCUCUUGCUGCCUGCCGGCCCGGUCGGAUUUGUUUUUUAACGAACGAUUCUUUCUUUUAUUGUUGUUGUCAUCAGGUGUUGCCAUUCUUUGAAGAGUAGAAUUGUGGGCACUGGAAUGAGAGGAGAGUGGUGUCUGCUGUGACAAUUAUAAGAGUUUGUUUGGAUUUUUUUGAAGUGGGAGAGAAGAUUUUUUCCGAGUUUGUUUUGGAAUCGGUGGAAUGUGGAAGAUGUUGACACUCGGCUCUCGGAAUAUUGGACCUUGUAAAUUUAAGACAGUGAUUUUCGCGUUGCUGUGGAUCAUUCUGUCUUCGACGAGUUUCGUCAUCAAUGCUGAAGAGGAGAAGUCUGUCCACCGAAUCGGCAUUGUGGGGAGCUCUGUUGAGCUCCCUUGUGAUGUCGACGUGUCAAACUGUGGGAAAGUAUAUUUCAUAACAUGGACAAAGAAUGUAUCAAAUGAUUGGAAGCGUCUAUAUCUGUACAGCGAUGCAGUCGUGAAACCUUUACAAGAACUCGCCAACCCCGGCCGGGCCGAAUUUUUUUUAGAAGAAUCGUCUGCCUUCCUUAGAAUAUCGCCCUUGCGCAUAGAAGAUGACGGCAUCUACAAGUGCGAUGUCACCUACGUGCAAGGAAAGUGCCCCUCGCUCUCCUUCGCCACUCUCACCACCUACGCUCCACCAAGCGUUCCCAGUAUAGAAAAGGAUGGUAAAAUGUCUCUUAACGGUUCUGUUGUGGGACCGUUUUACGAAGGAGCCGUCCUAAAUCUGGAGUGUGAAACAUUUGGUGGAAAGCCUACACCUGAAGUCUCGUGGUUUAAAGGUGAAGAGGAACUCGACUCCGAAAGCCACGUGCGGGUUGAGAAGAACGGUGCUUCCACCGUGACGUCCACCGUGAAAAUGACUCUGGAGAGGGAUGACCUGGGAGCAAAAAUCGAAUGCCACGUCGAUAACGAAGCCAUAGACGAUGCACUCGUCUCCUGGGUGGAAGUGGACUUGCAUGUUGGACCAUCUUCCCUCGAGGUAGACGGUCCUGAUGAUCCUGUCACUGCAGGAGAAUUUGUCACUCUGACUUGCACCAUUGAAGGCGCAAAGCCAGCAGCAAAUGCCACCUGGUUCAACAGAUCCGAAGUUCUGAACAUCAUGCCUCAAACAGAAUUGCAGCUGGCACCGGAUGGCACGUUCACCACCAUCAGCACGGUGGAAGUGCCAGUCUCCAGGCACGAUCAUCAAGGCACCUACUACUGCAAAGGAUCAAAUUCUGUUCUUCAAGCCAAAGGAGAAGCGCCGCUACUCAAGUCACUGGAUAUUCAAGUCCUAUAUCCACCAGCAGUGGUCAUGCAACCUACAGGAGGUGUUAUCGUCAACGAAUCAGACAGCGCCAUCAUCUACUGCACUUACGAAGCGAAUCCUUUCAACGUAACUGAUGUCCAUUGGUUCCAUGAAGAUCAGUCUCUAGCUGUACCCACAGCAGGGAAAUACGAGAGCAGUAUGCAAGGUUAUCCUACUCUGACCGUCCGAAACGUCGUGAAAGAAGAUAGGGGCAUGUACUCUUGUUCCCUGGCCAACGCCGUCGGUAGAGGAAAUGCAACUAACUAUGCUGAGGUCAAUGUUCUGUUUCCUCCUGUGGUGGAAGCUACCAUCUCACCAGAAGAUGUGAAAGAAGGGAACAGCAUCUCCUUGUUCUGUGAUAUUGUUGAAGGCAAUCCGCAGAACCUGCUUCGAGUUCGAUGGUUCAAGGAAGAUGAAAUGCUGCACGAAACUACCGAAAGAGAAAUUGUGUGGGUCGGAGUGACUCGGAACUCUUCGGGCAUCUACUCGUGCGAGGGAGAGAAUGCUGCCGGUUGGGGUGGAAGAUCGGAAGAGAAAGAACUCAUUGUCCAAUAUCUACCUGGGCCAGCAUUUCUGACUGAGCUGGAUUCACCUGCUAUAAAAGGAGAGACGUCAUCGCUGCAAUGCAUUGUUGAAGAACCAGGUUUACCACCAGCUUCAGUUUACAGAUGGGAACGAGAUGGCGAGCUUUUAGCAACAACUUCCAGUGAAAACUAUACAACAGAUAUCCAUCGAGUGAACAGUAAAGGAAAUUAUUCCUGCUCUGCUGUGAAUGAAGUUGGUGUGGGACCUAAAGGAUUCGAAUACAUUCCUGUCUAUGCUCCUCCUACCUUCAUCCAAGAUCUGCCCGAUAUCCGCGGUGCUGCCCGUGAUGCCCCAUUUAUCAGUUUCGAAUGCAGAGUAGAGUGUGAGCCGAUUUGUGAAAUCAUGUGGACCAAAGAUGGCGAACGAGUCACCAACUCGGAACUGUACAUCGUGCGAAACCGGAUCAUUCCCGAGGACAUUCUCCACAAUCGCUUCCGAUCUGUUACCAGUACUCUGCAGUUCAACAUGACAGCUUGGCCUGGACGAAGGUUGGAGAGAGACAGGGACAGGGCUAACUACACUUGUAUGUCCACACCAAAUAUGGUCGGGGAUGGAGUAUCAUCCAGCAUGCUUUUUCUGGUCGAAUAUCCUCCUGAAGCCAUGAGCCUUUCGGAUAGUGUCAUUCAAGUGCAUGAAGGCAAUGUCCCUCCUGAUGUAGAGUGUUCCGCCUCCUCCUGGCCUCCCAGCACGUACAUGUGGCUGAGGGGUGAAAACCGUGACAUGGUGAUGGCAAGAGAUGACACCCUCUCCUUCAAUGACAGUGUCACCAGAGAACAUGGAGGGAAAUACGUUUGCGUCGCUGAGAACAGACAUGGAAAGGCUCAGAUCGAGAUGAAACUUGAAGUAUUAUACAAACCAGAGUGCGUUGUCAGUGAAACCACCAACGAAGCCGGAGUUGCUAUUCUUAUGUGCAAAGCCGACGGCUUUCCGACGAAGAUAAAUUUUACUUGGAGCAAAGAUAAUGAAACACUGGACGAUGAGUUCGAUAUGGACAGUGAGGCUGAUGACCACAGUGUGUACGUGUUGCCGAGUUCAGCUGAACGGUACGGAUUGUAUGCAUGCAUUGCCAUCAAUGACGUCGGAGUAUCUAGACCAUGCGAGAGGAUGGUGUCUGGACCAGGAUUGGCAGGUUGGCAUGCAGAGUUUGGCGACAAAAACGUGCUAGUGAUUGCGGCGAUCAUCGGCAGUAUAGCAAUUCUCUUUGUCCUGGCUAUCAUCAUCAUCAUCCUCAUUAUGAGAAAGAGACGAUUAAGAAAUUUCAGUAGUCCAGGAAAAACUCCUUUAGGCACGGGAGGGGACAGCUUAUAUCAGAACGUGAGUGGAGCACCUGUAGAUCCAAAACAAAAUGGGCCUUCAGCACCUGAAUCGGAAGGAAAUGUGAUGUAUGAAAACAUGCCAUUCCAUCGACAAGGGCCUUACAAACCGGACAGCAGUGACGAAAUGGUGUAUGCGGACUUGUACGAUGAUGUGAAAGCGGGAAAGGUCCCUGAUCCUAGGAUGAAGCCUCCUUUGCCACCGAAGGGCAUUGGUAAGAAACCAAAGGAGCCUCCUUUGCCACCCAAGACCAAAAAAGGAGGGCUCUUCGACUCUCUCGGAAUCUGAGCUAACCACUCUACAAGCAAAUGAGUGCCCCUCAGAGUGAUGGCUAAAGGUGAACUCGAUGUCGAAAUGGGAUACUGUUUUUGAUAAAAAGCAAACUGAAAGAGAGGUCAUGGUCUUAAAAGGCGAACAAUAACAGUCGAUUUUUUUUGUGGACAUAACUGCAGCUGAAGAUAAUUUGAAAUCUUCUCAUCCGAAUAUUGUCAUCUUCUUUUGUUAUUAUUGCUUGUUUCACUGUGUUUUUGCCAAAGAGUUUCGUAUUCCAUUUACCAGAGUCGUUUUCCUUGAAAGAAAGUAACACUGUCAAACCUGUGGAUGCUAUCUCCAGGGAAUGAAGAUGUUACAUGUAAUCUCUUCAUAUUAUAUUGAAAGGAUGGAGAUUAAUAUCGAUAAGUGAAUGAGAAAUAAAUUAAGCUUUGAAUUUGACCGAUGCGAGAAGUUGAUCUUCAUCGCAGUAUAAAGAGCACUGAUCACACAUCUGAAAGUCACGUGACUGGAUAUCACCGUGACUGAUGAUGGAAAGCUUUUACGUUCAUCAUCAUUCACCCAUCGUUGGCCUGUUUUACAGACAGACCAACUCAGCUCACUACGUCCUUUGGACUCAAGUACCUCAACACUCACCCACCAUAUGUUCAAUAAUGCUCUUCAGUUUCGAAAGGAAUGAAUUUUCGCCUUCUUCGUGUAAUUAAAAUCAUUACUGCUGUCGCUGCCUUUGAUGGUUUUUUUUCUUUGCUCUCUGGUUCUUGCACAUUACGUGGGUGUGAGGUACAAGAAAUAUCUAGCUCGGUUCAAAUUCAAAGCCAGAUUUGCGAUAUUUUCUGGAAAACCAACCUGGAAACAGAUCGCGAAACUCCCAAAAUGAACUGCUUUUCUUUGACAGAUGGCAAAUAUUUAAUGUACGUAAAAAAAAAAAAAUGUUUUGUGGAUGAUUAAAAGUAUUAGUGUUGUUGAAGUGCUGCUGGUGUACUAGCCGCAACUAUUGCCAAUACUUUUAAGAGGAGCUUAUUAAUUUAGUAUGAAGAAAAAUUGUGUCCUUUGUACAUAUCAAGUAGCAAUGCAGAUUAUUAAUUGCAAUGAAAACUAGUAUUUCUUAUAAAACAUAUAUGAAGGGUUGAUUGUACAAAUAAUCCCCAUUGCAUUUUAUAUCGCACUGAAAUUAUUCACACGCUUUUUGAGAAUAUUUCAUCCGAUAGAUAAUUAAAUUUUUCCCAAGUCUAUUAAUAAUUUGCUUUGUUAUUAAUAGUAAAUAUUUAAAACACCGACACACAAUAUAUUCAGUUAAGACAUAAUUAAUGCAUGGAAUAUUACUUUACUAAGCAUGAUGUUUGACAUGCAUAUAGUGUAAGCCAUGUUAAUUCAUUUUUGAUGAUGAGCAAAAGUUUUUAAUACUAUAAUCUAUGAUUUAAUAUUUUUUAAAAAUCAUGUAACACAAUAUAAAAGUUUCCAAUAAAUUUAAUAAUCCUUCCAUUUAUAAGUUAUGUGUUUAAUAUUGUUGAGGAUGGACUUAAAAGUUUGUUAAAAUUUUGAAAUUAUUGACAUUUUAAAUAUCUAAACAUGUACAUUUUGUAAUUAGAUAUGUACUUAUUAGGACAUAUGGUGCUCUUCACAAAACAAAUGAGAUCAGUACUUAUUUUUAAGAAUUUUAUGAUGUAAGCAAGAUUAGAGCGUAGAAAAAAAAUGAAAUUUAUGUAAACAAUACAAUUAUAAAAUUAUUACUAAUAACAUUAACUCUCUUAAUAAAAAUUAAUUUUUCUGAGUGGAGCUAUAUAUUCACUCGAUUUGCAUGUUUAUUCUUUCAAACUUGCUUUUAAAUGAAAAUUGACUGCUUAAGUAUUAAUAAAAUACAAAUAAUAUACCAAAUAGAACAAUGAACUGUCUCAAGUACUAUUAAAAACAAUUUGCAAAGCUAUUCAUAAAAUACAUUUUUUCUAUAAAAAAUAUGAAUAUUAUUUAUAUUCUAGUGUUAACUGGUAUUAUAACAAGCAGACGUUUUUAAAAAAAAUGAAUUAUGGAAAGUUCUUUCCUAAAUAGAAGAAACAUAAUUUUUUUUAUAAAUUUUAUAUUAUAAUUCAAAUAUUAAAAAAAGAAUCAGAUUUCAUUUCCUUACAACAAAUACAAUUGAAGUAAAUAUGUGAAUUUAUUAAAAAUGCUAACUAUAAAGUUGCGGGUUCAGACACAUAUUUUCUAGAGAAAUUUCAUUGAACUGAUGCAGCUCACUAUUUCACAUGCAAGGCACUCUGCAUUCAAUAUUUUAUUAUUAGUGUAGCGUUCGAAUCUAAAAUUUCUCAGAAACAAUUUUUUCAAUAUGAUUUCUGUUAAUCAUCUGUAGAAAUUAGAUCUUGUAAAAAAUGGUUUAUCUCAGAAUUAAUAAUUUUUUAAUACAGAAAUAAGCAAAAUUUACAAAAUUAAAUUGCAUUAGUUUUUUCCAAAUGGCGUAAAAUGAAUUUUUCCAAAACUUUCUAAUAUUUAAGUCAGGAAAAUAUGCAAGUUAUCCCACCGUUUAAAGAAAGAGAAAAAAAAAUUAAUCACUAGCAGCAUAUUUUUACUUUAAAUGACUUAUUAUUAUCUAUUUAGUUCCGAAUUUCUUUGUUAAAAAUUUAAAUAUAUGGUGAAUGUUAAAUAUAAUUUUGAAAACGUCAUUUAUUCUUUUCACGUAGAACAUUUUGCUACGUCUUUAUAUUUUUUGCUUAUUUUUAUAGCUUAACAUAUCACUAACAUAUUACUUUGUUUCCCUUCUAAUAUAUAUUGCAGAGAAAAAUAAGAAGAGAAAAACACUUUUCCUACAAUCUCUGAAAUAACUAAUCAAUAAUCCAUUUGUAAUACAAUAAAUUCAUUAUAAUUGUAAGUUUGAAAUAAACAACUUAAACUUUGCAAGCAAUCUUUUUAAAAAUUUGUCUUUUUAUAAAGUUUUUUUUUUAUUUGCAAUAGAAAAAUAAGUUAUUUAAAAUACAAGAAUUUUGCAAUUAUUUUAAGCUUUGAAUGCUUUUCUAAGAAAUCUUGAAAAAAAGUGUCUAAAAAGAGCAGCGUCAAAUUUCUUCAGUGCUGUGUUUUACAAAUAUUCCCUCCUCAAUAUAGGCUAUUAUGAGAAUGAUAAUCAAUUAUCUUUAGUUCAUUUAUUAAUUUAAAUCGAGUGUUUUACAGGAUAACAGAUGAAAUAAUGAAAAUAAUGCUCUGUGAUAUGCCAAGAAAUUAUUUGUUAUUUUGUUGUUUUCUUUUUAUGUUUGUGUAGUUUGACAGUAUAUACAAAUGGCAUGCGCCAAAGGAUUGUUAUGUACAUUUUUAGAAACGAAAUUUUCAUUUUAUUUCUGUGCUGAAUUUCCCUGGUUGAUUGAUAGUGAUCAUAUACUAGAUGGAAAAAAAAUAAACUACUUGCUCCAUUGUA